AUGGCAGAGAUUAGUUUUGCGAAUGCGACAUCUGAUUACGGCUUUUCAGACGUGGUCACCAAUCACUUGAAAGGUAUUGGCCGACUGUUCUACAUCCACUCACCCCAAGAAACUCUAUACGAGAAGACAGAAGAUGUGCCUAACUUUUUUAGACAGUCAUAUCCGUAUUUUUUAUUGUUCAUGAUUAUUGAACACAUAGUUUUAAGAUUAGAAGGCAAGAAGGGCAUCAGACUAAACGAUGGAAUAACAAGUAUAUCCCAUGGAAUAUUCCUUGAAUGUGGCAGACUGUUAUGGCGCGGAGGGGAAUCGUAUUUGUACACCUGGAUUUACACCAACUACAGACUUGUAGACCUGCCUUGGGACAAUACGAUGACUUGGUAUGCUGCGGCGUUAGGAGUCGACUUCUGUUACUAUUGGAUGCAUAGAGCUUGUCAUGAGAUUCAUAUACUGUGGGCCCAACACCAAGUGCAUCACACUUCUGAAGACUUUAAUAUGGGGGUCGGCAUCAGACAAUCUGUAGUACAAGGCUGGUGUGGCUUCAUUUUCUACCUACCGCUCGCGAUGGCAAUACCGCCAGCGCAAUUCAUUAUGCACCACCAGUUCAGCUACUUAUACAUGUUCUGGAUACACACUGAGGCAAUCAAGAGCCUGGGACCAUUAGAAUACAUCCUUAAUACUCCCAGCCAUCACAGAGUACAUCAUGGCAGCAACAAAUAUUGCUUAGACGUGAACUACGGCGGUGUGCUCAUUAUAUGGGAUCGACUAUUCGGCACGUUCAGGCCUGAAACUGACAAAAUAGAAAUUGUAUAUGGCCUUAUAUACAACCAGCCGUCCUUCAACCCUCUUUACUUACAGGUAUUUUACAAUGGUUAUGAAUUAGAAAAAAUCCGACGUCUUCAAACUUUGGAGCACAAAAUCAAGGCCGUUGUUUGGGGACCAAGUUGGGAACCAGGGACAGCUAGACUAGGAGAUGAAGAUGAAAAGGUAGAUAUUGAAAACCGGGACAAAUAUGACGUAUUUCUACCAUCGUGGUGCAACAUUUACAUUGUCUUGCACUACUCUCUCGUUCUCUACGGCUUCUUUGAACUCGCUUCUCGUUAUAUGGGCAUGACACCGAUAUCGGUUGUAAUUUUCGUGUUCUACGUCGUCGCAUCGUUGACUAUUAUCGGUAUGAUAUUCGACAACUCUAAAUACGCUCCGUUCCUGGAAGUCCUUCGUUGUUCGAUGCUCGCAUUCCUCACGAGAAGUCUCGGCACCAGCCCGACUAUGACCGGACUUCAAGUGUUCUACGUUAUAUCAGCCAUGUUUUGGUGUUUACAUACAUUGAAACUAUUAGAAAUAAAGAAGAAAGUAGCCUAG